AUGUGCUCACUGCCUGUGCCCCGGGAGCCCCUGCGUCGCGUGGCUGUCACCGGGGGCACGCAUGGCAACGAGAUGUCAGGUGUCUACCUGGCCCAGCACUGGCUGCAGGCCCCCGCGGAGCUGCAGAGACUCAGCUUCUCCGCUGUGCCUGUGCUGGCCAACCCCGCAGCCACAGCCGCCUGCCGCCGCUACGUGGACCAUGACCUCAACCGCGCCUUCACCAGCAGCUUCCUCAAUUCCAGGCCCACCCCGGACGACCCAUAUGAGGUGACAAGAGCCCGAGAGCUGAACCAGCUGCUGGGGCCCAAGGCCUCAGGCCGGGCCUUUGACUUUGUCCUUGACCUGCACAACACCACGGCCAACAUGGGCACCUGCUUAAUCGCGAAGUCCUCCCACGAAGUCUUUGCCAUGCACCUGUGUCGCCACCUGCAGCUGCGGUACCCCGAGCUGUCCUGCCAGGUCUUCCUGUACCAGCGGUCUGGGGAGGAAAGCUACAACCUGGACUCCGUGGCCAAAAAUGGAUUGGCUCUGGAGCUGGGCCCCCAGCCACAGGGUGUGCUGCGGGCUGACAUCUUCUCAAGGAUGAGGACCCUGGUGGCCACAGUUCUGGACUUCAUCGAACUCUUCAACCAGGGUACGGCCUUUCCCGCCUUUGAGAUGGAAGCCUAUAGACCCGUGGGCGUCGUGGACUUCCCUCGCACUGAUGCCGGGAACCUGGCAGGCACUGUGCAUCCUCAGCUGCAGGACCGAGACUUCCAGCCGCUGCAGCCCGGUGCUCCCAUCUUCCAGAUGUUCAGUGGGGAGGACCUGCUCUAUGACGGGGAGUCCACGGUGUACCCCGUGUUCAUUAAUGAGGCUGCCUACUAUGAGAAGGGCAUUGCCUUUGUCCAGACUGAGAAGUUCACAUUCACCGUGCCUGCCAUGCCUGUGCUGAACCCUGUCCCGAGCCCAGCUUUCUAACCCAAGCCACACCUCCCCAACUUCAGUCUUCCCAUCUGAACAAUGGGUCCUGAGGCAUAGCUCUGAGCACAGAGGUCCCUUUUGCCACCUACCAUGUACCAUGUUCCUUGCCAGGCCCCCCAGCCCCUGGCCUCAGUUUCCCAUUCUAUAAAAUGGAAGAUGUCCAGA